AUGCCUAUACUACUGCAGGCUCUCAAAAUGUUAGACAUAGUGGACGUGCCUCCCCUGACACCCUCAUUGUGCAUCCUAUCAAAUAAUAAUAUAGCUUCCAUCGAAUCAUCAUUGGCAAUGUAUCAUGAAUGGGAAGGAAGACUGAAUGUUGGUAUGUCGAAUUCUGUGACAACUGCAAUUCGUGGAAGUGUACGAGAUAUGGCCAUUGGUAAAACAAAAACAACAGAAAAAGCAGAUCGUGCAACUGUUGAGCAGGCUAUUGACCCUAGAACUCGUAUGGCCAAUGUUUAUCAUGCUACAAAAUCUGAUUGUCAGGAACUGGCAAUCAUGGUCUACAAAACUUCAGUUCUUGUAUUCAAAUUAAGGGCUGCAGGAAUCAGGUGUCCAUCUCCACUUCUUUUGAGGCUUCAUGUUCUGGUUAUGGAAUUCAUAGGCAAGGCAGGUUGGGCUGCGCCUCGGCUCAAGGAUGCUGCUUUAUCUCUUGACGAGUUACGUGAAGGCUAUGUGGAGAUGAUCAUGGCCAUGCGAACGUUAUAUCAAAAGUGUAAACUGGUGCAUGGAAACCUCAGUGAAUAUAACAUACUCUAUUUUGAGGGACACUUGUACAUUAUUGAUGUUUCGCAAUCAGCUGAUCUUGACCAUCCACAUGCCCCUGAUUUCCUCCGAGAGGAUUGUAUUCAUGUUUCAGAUUUCUUUAGAAAACAUGGCAUAGUUGUUAUGACCAUUCGGGAACUGUUUGAUUUUAUAGUGGAUCCUACAAUUGAUGAUGAUUCCGUGGACAGUUAUCUUGAAGAGGUGCAACAAAAAUUUUUGGCUAGGGGUGAUGUGAUCUCUGCUGAGGAAGAAAUUGCAAAUUCUGUAUUUGUUCAGUCGUUCAUCCCAAAGACACUGGAUCACGUGAAGAAUGCUGAGGAUGACGUGCAACGAAUCACGAGUGGCAAGGAUACGGGGGACAUGCUGCUGAACAUCCUGACUUGCCAUGAGGAGAUUCGGAGACUGGAAGUGACGAAAGGCAAACCGGUUCAAGUGAAUCAGAAGAUUCAUCUUCUGAAAGCAAUAAUAAGCAGGGGCCAUCUGACAGAAAAGUAG